GGAUGAAUUGAAUUCCUCCGUUUAUAGAAAUAAAUACAACAAUUGUAAUUAAUAGGAAUUACAGUACAAAAAUAUCAGUUUUUUUGAAAGACAAUAAACUCCUCUAGAUAUGACCGUUGCAGAAGAAUUUGAGGCAGCUAAUGUCAAAUACGCAGCAAAUUUUGAUAAAGGACACUUACCUCUUCCACCUGGAAAACAAGUUGCAGUUGUGAUUUGUAUGGAUGCCAGAGUUGAUCCUGCUGGUAUAUUAGGAUUAACCGAGGGUGAAGCACAUGUAAUUAGAAAUGCAGGAGGUAGAGCAACUGACGCUUUGAGAAGUGUAAUUAUUUCCCAAAGAUUAUUAGGAACUCGUGAACUUGUCAUUGUUCAUCAUACAGAUUGUGGGAUGUUAACAUUUAAUGAUGGUCAAUUGAGAGACAUUGUGAAGAAGGAGACUGGACAUAAUGUUGAUCACUUUGCUUUCUUACCUUUCUCAGACUUAGAACAAAGUGUUAAGGAUGAUGUUGAGUACUUUAAGAAGAAUGAAUUAGUAUUAGACGUACCAAUUUCUGGUUAUAUUUAUGAUGUUAAAACUGGUAAGCUCAACAAAGUAGUUUGAUAAAUUCAAAUUAUUAUGUAUAGGAGGGAGACAGUUUUAAUGAUUCAGAGAGUAAAUUUGGAGUUUGAAGUUUGGAGUUUGAAGUUUGGAGUUUGGAGUUUGGAGUUUGGAGUUUGGAGUUUGGAGUUGGGGGUU